CACUGAGUCCUGUAUGGCAACGAAGUGAAGGAUGUAGUUUCUCAAAGCGGGCUCUUGGAUGUCUGCAGAGCAGAGAUUUCUUUCUCCCUAAGCCAGAGGAUAACUGGAUGAUGGCAUGGCUAUAAACAGCUGCCCUGGGGGUAGUAUGAGGAUCUGUCUCACUAGUUUCUCCUUAUUGCUCCUCCACCUACUUCCUUGUUUGGGGCAGCUGCAGGAGCCAGGGUCCUCAUCCUUUCAAUUUACCGCCUCCAUCUACAAUGCCACCAUUUAUGAGAACUCUGCAGCUCGGACAUACAUUAGGACUGAGGUUAAAAUGGGGAUUCCACUAUCUAAGUUUGGUCCUUUGGAUAUUAAAUAUUCCAUUGAAUCUGGAGACGAUGAGGGGCUGUUUCAGGCUGAGGAAUUUGUGUUGGGGGACUUUUGCUUUCUUCGCAUACAGACUAAUGGUGGGAGCACUGCCAUCCUGAACCGCGAAGUGCAGAAUAAUUAUACAUUAACGGUGAGGGCUACUGGCCUAGGUGGGCUAGAGGCUUACGUGACAGUUAAUGUGCAAAUUAUGGACAUGAAUGACCUCCGACCUUUGUUCUCGCCCACUUCCUAUGCCAUUGAUAUUUCAGAAAGUUCUCCGCUGGGAGCAAGUGUGGCUCAGGUGACUGCCACUGACGCAGAUAUCGGCGCCAAUGGCGAGUUUUACUAUUUCUUCAAAAAAGACGUGGAGGAGUUUGCUGUCCACCCAACCAGUGGGGUGGUAUCACUCACAGCCAAGCUAAAUGCAGAUAAGAACGGCAGAUUUGACCUUGAGGUUUUAGCAGUGGAUCGUGGAAUGAAGGUUUAUGGGAACAGUGGUAUUAGCAGUACAGCCAAACUAGUGAUCAGUGUUGUGCGUAUCAAUGAGUUCGCUCCAACACUGACUGCAGUCGCACGUUACCCUUUAAUAUCAGACAAAGAGCCAGUUUACGCCACUGUUACUGUAGAAGAUUUGGACGAGGGACCCAAUGGAGAAAUCGAAUGGGUUGCCAUCAUUGCAGGUGACCCGCAGGAACAGUUUGUCUUUGACAGAGCGCCACUUGUAAAUGAAUACAAGCUGAAGAUGUCUGAACCAGUCAACUGGGAUACAUUUCCUUAUGGUUGCAAUCUCACUUUUCAAGCCAAAGACCGUGGAACACCACCAAGACUCUCCAACACUCAGUCUGUUAAGCUCUUGGUGAAAAAACCACAGUCUGUGCAGGUGAGUUUCGAAAAAAAGAUUUACAAAACCUCAAUUAUUGAGAUUGCACCACUAGGGACCAUAAUAGAGACUGUGAGGAUAUCUCCAAGACCGCCGGUCGUCAGCUAUGCCCUAAGCCUGACCUCAGAUUCAAUUUAUUUUAUCAUUAAUCCACUCACUGGUGUCAUCUCAACAGCGCAACAGUUUACCACAUUAAAACAGGAGCUCUUCAAUUUAGAGGUGAUGGAGACAGUAAGUGGCAUGACAGCAAAGGUGCAAAUCACGGUUGAGGAUGCUAACGACAACUACCCAGUGUUUAUCAGCACAUCUUACAAAGUCUCUAUCAAUGAGAGCAUCCCCACUGGCACUGUCAUUCUCACUAUAUCAGCGGUGGAUGAUGAUAAAGGUGAUAAUGGGUGCAUAACAUACAGCAUAGCUAGCCUUCAGCCCCUUCCGUUUAUCAUCAACCAAAAUACUGGAGAGCUGACGACAUCCAAAGAACUGGAUUUUGAAUCGUCUUUGGAGACAUACGUGUUUGCUGUCCGAGCCUCAGACUGGGGAUCGCCUUACAGACGAGAAAGUGAAGUCAAUGUCACAGUACAAGUGUUGAACAUUAAUGACAACCAACCUCUUUUUGAGCGUGUGUCAUGUAAAGGUACGAUAGGAUGCGAUUUUCCUGUGGGUCAGACGAUCAUCAUAAUGUCUGCCAUUGAUAUCGAUGAGCUUGGGUUGGUUAAAUAUAAGAUUCUGUCUGGAAAUGAGCAAGAUGUCUUCACUCUUAACUCGGACUCGGGGAUGUUGUCAUUAAAAAGACCCCUCUCCUCAAUGAGUGUAAAGAAUGAACAGUUCAGCUUGAAAAUAGCUGCGUCAGAUGGCGAGCUGCUCUCUGCACCCACCUUUGUAAAUAUAUCAGUGGUCAGAGGCAGAAUGCCAGCAAGAAGUUUCAAUUGUCGAGACACAAAAGUUGCACAGAAGUUAGCUGAGAAACUACUGAAAAGAGCCACUGCCAUUAGCAAAUCCAAAGUGGAGGAAGGCUACACAGAUCUAUUUUCUGUCAACAGACAGACGCCUCAGUUUGAAUCCUUUCCGUCCGACAUUGUAGUUCGUGAGGACAUGCCCGUGGGAGCCAGUGUCCUUCAAGUGAACACAAAUGAUGGUGACACAGGCUUCAAUGGUCGCAUUCUGCAUGCCAUAUCAGAUGGGAACAUUGACAGCUGCUUCAAUAUUGGCAUGGAAAGCGGCCUAAUAUACAUCUAUCAGCCACUGGACCGUGAACAAUCAGAUCGGUACCUUCUCAACAUAACUAUCUAUGACUUGGGUGUUCCACAGAGAUCCAGCUGGAGAUUGCUGACAGUUAACAUUGAUGAUGUGAAUGAUAAUAGCCCCAAAUUCUCCCUCAAGAGCUAUACUGCCAUUAUACCAGAGAAUGCAGCUAUCGGCACGGAAGUGAUCAAAGUCACAGCCUCAGAUGAAGAUCUCGGUCAGAACGGUGAAAUCUCAUACACCUUGUUAACAAACACCCCUUUAUUUGCCAUUACCAGCGAGACCGGCUCUGUUUAUGUGUCUAGUCUGUUGGACAGGGAGUCCGUCUCAGAUUUCACCCUCAAAAUUCAGGUCAGGGAUAAGGCAGAAAGAGGGAAUCAGAUGUUUUCGGAGACAACACUGAGAGUCUACCUCGAGGAUGUAAAUGACUGUGCCCCUAUGUUUAUUCCCAGGAGCUACAGUUGCCAUGUGUUGGAGGACCUUCCUAUAGGUGCAGUUAUAGCUUGGCUGCAAACGCAAGAUCCUGACAUUGGAUCUGGAGGAUGGGUGAGAUACUCCCUGCCCAAUGAUUUCAAUGAAACAUUUAAGAUCCAUCCUGAAAGUGGUGCCAUUAAAGUGGCCAAAGACCUGGACUAUGAGAAGCAACAAUUUUACAAUCUCUCAGUGGUGGCAGAGGACUUGGGCUUUCCAGUCAAGCUUCGCUCGGAGUCUUAUCUUGAAGUGGAAGUCAUUGACGUCAAUGAGAACCUCAACGAGCCAUAUUUCUCAGAAUUCGCAGUGAGGGGCACUGUGAAGGAAAACUCUCGGCAUGGAACAAGUGUCCUCCAGGUGACUGCUCAAGAUGAUGACAAGGGCAGAGAUGGAGUGAUCAGAUACUCUAUCAAAGCUAGAAGUGGUCUUGGAAGGUUCUCCAUUGAUGAAGAAACAGGAAUGAUUUACACCACUGGCAGCCUGGACUGUGAGACUCAGGAUUCAUACUGGCUAACGGUGUAUGCAACGGACCGUGGCGUGGUGCCGCUCUCUGCCUCUAUUGAGGUGUUUAUCCAGGUGGAGGAUGUGAAUGAUAAUGCACCUUUGACCUCUGAACCCGUCUACCACCCGUACGUCAUGGAGAACUCUCUCAAAGACAUGUCUGUGGUCCGUAUCCAAGCCCAGGACCCGGACGUUACCGCCUCAGAUAGCCGUCUCAUGUAUCGUAUCACGGCUGGAAAUCCUCAGAACUUCUUUUCCAUUGAUUCCAACACAGUGCACUGUCCCCCAGUCCAAUCUCCCAUCUAUCGCGUUACAGUUAUGGAUGGAGGAGGGAUCUUCAGGCAGUCCACUGUCUGGGUGAUAGUGCAUGUUCAAGAUGAGAAUGACAAUACGCCUGAAUUCAAAGAGUCUGUGUACCGCAUCAGCCUUCCGGAGCGGGACCGUAACAAACGCGGUGAUCCUGUCUACAGAGUCUUCGCUUACGAUCGAGAUGAAGGGUCCAAUGCAGAUCUCACAUACAGCAUCGUGGAUGGAAAUGACGACGGCAAAUUCGUAAUUGAUGCCAAGACAGCCAUGGUGUCUUCCAGGAAGAUGGUCACAGCUGGUGGCUAUGAUAUACUCACGAUAAAAGCCACUGACACUGGAGCCCUUCAGAAGUGGUCGACCGCCCGUUUGCAUGUUGAAUGGAUUCGGAAGCCCGUGCCUUCGCCACUAGCCUUGCGAUUUACCGCAGCCAUUUACAACUUCACAGUGGCGGAAAACGCCAAAGUGUAUGAGUCAGUUGGAGUGGUCUCUGUUUGGCAGACAGAAACUCCUUUAUGGUUCGACAUCAUUGGUGGAAGAACGUCCCGGGAGAUGUUUUAUAUCCCACAGAGCUCCUGUGGUGGAAACUGUUCAUCUGACAGUGGUAACUAUGAUGGUCCAUUUGAUAUUCAGAGAGGGAUGAGGACCAUAAUAAUAGCCAGACCUCUCGAUGCAGAGACACAGUCGCUAUAUAACAUGACGGUACAGGUAACAGAUGGGACAAACACUGCUACUACACAGAUUUACAUAAAGGUUUUGGACAGCAAUGACAACAGUCCUAUUUUCUCUGAGCGUACAUAUGAAGUCUCGGUGUCUGAGGAUACGCCAGCCGACACUGAGGUCUUGCGUGUCCGGGCCAGGGACAAGGAUGAACGGUCAAAGUUGAGCUAUUCUAUCCAUGGCAGCGUUGAUCCGGCGAGCAUGCGGAUGUUUAGGAUCAAUCCUGGUACUGGUGUCAUGUACACAGCAGAUCGACUGGACUAUGAGAUCCGCACUCAGCACAUCCUUACUAUUAUGGUGAAAGAUCAAGAAUUUCCCUAUUAUAGAGACCUGGCACGGAUUAUUGUGACCUUGGAGGAUGCCAAUGACCAGCCUCCUUUUUUUACUCGUACUAUUUAUGACAGUACAGUGUUUGAGUCUUCCCCUCCAGGAACGUCAUCUUUGCAAGUGAUCACACUAGACAGAGACUCAGGGAGAAACGGGGAGAUAGUUUACUCAAUUGUUGCAGGAAACACUGGUGGCAUAUUUGGAGUAGAUCCAUUAUCUGGCAUAAUUUCAGUAGCCAGAGAGCUGGACCUUACAACUGUGGGUUUUUAUACCCUUACUGUGAGAGCCACAGAUGGAGGUACUCCAGCAUUAAGUAGCACAACUACUGCUAGGAUCGCCAUCUCUCUGUCUGAUUUCUCCAGUCCAAAGUUUGCCCAGCAAGAAUACCAGGCUGAGAUCACUGAGAAUGUGGCUAUCGGGACUUUUGUCAUAUUGGUCUGUGCAAUUAGCCGAACCACACUGAUUUAUGACAUUAUACAAGGAAAUGAUGAAAAGAGGUUUAAAAUAAACUGUUACACAGGUGUCAUCACAACACAAAGGAAUUUUGACUUUGAGAUGACCUCCUCAUAUAUGCUGGUGAUCCAGGCUGUAAACAUGGCUGGGAUUGCCUCCAGUGUCACUGUCUGCAUCCAAGUGGUUGAUGAAAAUGAUAAUCCUCCAGCUUUUCAGGAGCUCACAUAUACAGGGACCAUCAGUGAGGCGGCCCCCAUCAAUAGUGUGGUGAUAAGUGAGGAUGGAAAGCCCCUGGUAAUUGAAGCCACAGAUGCUGACAAGAAUCACAAUGCCCUCCUGGUCUUCCAGAUUGUGGAGGACACAGCAAAAUUGUUCUUUACUGUAGACUCAGGAACAGGCUCCGUCAGAACUAUAGCUAAACUGGACUAUGAAACAUUCAGUGCUUUUUAUUUUUCUGUUAAUGUGAGGGACAGUGGCAGGCCUCAGCUAACAGCAGAGAAGCCAGCCAAGGUCCUAAUCAGGGUUGUGAACAUCAAUGACUCUCCCCCUCAGUUCUCACAAGAAGCUUAUGAUACGGUUUUGCUUCUUCCAACAUAUGUUGGGGUUGAGGUUCUGAGAGUAGAAGCCACUGAUCCUGACAUGACCACUGAUCUGAUGUAUUCCUUGGCUGAUAGCAACUUGGAGCACUAUGAAAUGGAUUCAUCAUCAGGCAUACUCACGGUCAAAAACAAUAAACUCUCCAAAGACCGUUAUCGUUUCAAUGUCAAAGUGUCAGACGGGCGGUACUUUUGCACAGCACUCGUGACUGUGUUAGUUAGGGAGGCUAUGGACAGUGGCCUCCUCUUCAGUCAAACCACAUACUCCUCCUCUGUACUGGAGAACAGUGUGAACAUUACCACUGUGAGCAUUGUAAAUGCUGUAGGAAACCGCUUAAAUGAACCACUAAAGUACACGCUUUUGAAUGCAGGGACACGCUUUACAAUUCAUCCCACAUCAGGAGUCAUUCAAACCACAGAAGCCCCUUUCGAUCGAGAACAACAGGAACUGUAUGAGCUGGUGGUUGAGGCGAGUAGAGAAUACGACCAGCUGCGAGUUGCUAGAGUAACCGUCAAAGUAGAAGUUGAGGAUGUUAACGACAAUGCCCCUGAGUUUCUAGGCCUUCCAUAUUAUGCGACUGUGCAGGUUGAUGCAGAACCUGGCUCAUCCAUCUUCCAGGUGUCUGCGACAGAUUUGGACAAAGGGAUAAAUGGAGCUGUAUAUUACGAGCUUAAGGAGGACCAUCCACAUUUUGAGGUGAAUAAGCUCACUGGGGAGCUUACUCUUAAAAGGGCCUUUGACGCAGACUUGUCCAAUGUUGAAUAUCCGCUGGUCGUCCUUGCACGUGAUGCAGGCUACCCCUCUCUCUUCACUGUUGUCGAGCUUCCAGUUACAGUUGUGAACAAGGCCAUGCCUGUUUUUGACAAGUCAUUUUAUGGCAUAUCAGUUAGAGAGGAUAUUGCAGUGUCAACUCCCAUAUUAUGCAUAAAUGCCAGCAGCCCAGAGGGCCAAAACAUUAUAUAUACUAUCGUGGAAGGGGAUCCUUCCUUCCAAUUUGACAUUGGCUUUGACAGUGGUGUGAUUAGUGUCAUAUAUCCUUUAGACUAUGAAACCACACCCUACUACAGGCUAACCAUCAGGUCUACAGACACUCUCACUGGAGCCAGAUCCGAAGUAGAUGUGGACAUAGUUGUGGUGGAUGUAAAUGACAAUGCCCCUGCAUUUCGUAAUGCAUCAUACACCACCACUUUGCCAGAAAACUCAAUGAUCGGGUCUAGCGUGAUACAGCUUUGGGCGACCGACAAGGAUUCUGAAAAAAACAGUGUAAUUAGCUAUCAAAUCCUCUCUGAUGGAUUUAACAGCACAGACUACUUCCACAUUGACAGCACUAGUGGACUUGUGUUAACAGCCUGUUUUCUGGACUACGAACUUACACCGAGCUUUAGCUUUAUCGUUAGGGCAACAGACAACGGUUCCCCAUCCCAGAGCAGUGAGGUCACGGUCACCGUCUUAGUGAGUGACGUGAAUGACAACCCACCAUCCUUCAGCCAGCCACUUUACGAAGCUUUUGUGAGUGAACUGGCUCCCAGAGGGCACAUUGUGACAUGUGUCCAAGCUUCUGAUUCAGACAGCUCAGAUGCCAAGAGUUUGAGGUACAGCAUACUCUCUGGAGAUGAGAAAAUGAACUUCAUAAUAGACUCUCAGACAGGUGUUAUUUACUUGUCCAGUCAGCGCAGACAGGGGAUAAGACCAGCAUACAACCUCAAUGUGUCUGUAUCAGAUGGGGUCUUCACCAACACUGCACAGGUGAACAUUCGAGUCAUGGGGGCCAACCUUUACAGCCCUGUCUUUAGUCAAAGGUUCUACUUGGCGGAGGUCCGUGAGAAUGCCCCAGCAGGUACCAAAGUCAUUCAGGUGCGUGCCACAGAUGAUGACUCAGGGAUUUUUGGUCAGAUCAUGUAUUCCUUUAUCAAUGACCUUGGAAAGACUCAGUUUUACAUUGGAGCCGAUGGCCUGAUAACUACAGCUCAGAAACUCGACAGAGAGAACCCAAUAAACAGAGACAUUGUGCUAACUGUUAUGGCGCUCGAUGGUGGGGGAAGAGCAUCCUUCUGCACCGUUAGGGUAAUUCUUGCUGACGAAAAUGAUAAUGCGCCACGUUUCAGGGCUAUGGAGUAUAGAGUUAGCAUAAAGGCUAAUGUGCCAAUGGGAUCGCUGGUGACUCAAAUCCAGGCUCAGGACCCAGAUUCCGGCGAUAAUGGCAGAGUUAGCUACUCGCUGUACAGUGAGGCAAGGCUUCCUCUUGUGGAUGUGUUGGAGAUUGAGCCUGACAGUGGCUGGAUGGUCACAAAGGGAAGCAUGGCGCAUUUAAGAGGAACGGUUCUCUCCUUUUUUGUCAAAGCUACUGAUGGAGGUGUUCCAGCCAAGCAUUCCCUCGUGUCUGCAUUUAUUCAUGUCUUACCACCUGAUGCAAAUGUGCCCUCCUUCACCCAACCCCAGUACUCCUACACGGUCCCAGAGGACACACCUGUUGGGACAGUCUUGGGAUCAGUGUACUUAAGUCCUGGCCAGACAGCUUUCUUUUCUGUGGUGAAUGGAGAGACUGGGGAGAGUAACCAGGGUGGGACAUUUUUAGUUGAGAGAGAAACUGGACUUCUAAGGCUUGUUAACCCCCUUGAUUAUGAACUCAUCAACAUUUACCGUUUCAAAGUUGCAGCCACCAUGAGACAGGCACUGGUUGAGUCCAUGUCUGUAGUGGAUGUAGAAGUCAAGGUGCUGGAUGUGAAUGACAACAAACCAUUAUUCGAAACCAGCUCUUAUGUGGCCAUGGUUAUGGAAGGUAUGCCUAGGGGUACACGGGUUAUCCAGGUACGAGCGCUUGACCCUGAUUGGGGAUCUAACGGACAGGUUAAUUACAGCCUGGGACCAACCCUAAACCAAGAGCAGGACAAAGCUAGUGGAUCUAAAUCUGCCGCUGGUGCCAUGUUUGUUAUUGACAGCAAGACUGGUUGGAUCACCACUCUCGGUGACUUGGAUCAUGAGAUGUGCCCAUCUUACACCUUCAACGUGGUGGCAUCUGAUCUAGGAGAGGGUGUUUCACUUUCCUCUACAGCUGUAGUGACCGUUGCAAUCGCAGACGUUAAUGACAACCCCCCUACCUUCGAGAGAGAGUACUACAGAGGUGCUGUGCGAGAGAGCGACCUUCUGGGAGAAGUGGUUUCGGUGCUGAGCACUCGUGAUGGGGACAGCUCUGAUCAGAAUCGGCUUGUCAGCUUCCAUAUCACAGGAGGAAACCCCAAGGGGGUAUUUGCGCUGGCUCCCGUUCAGGGGGAGUGGAAGGUCUUCGUGAAGCGUCCUUUGGACAGAGAGGAGCAGGAUCGAUACCUGCUCAAUAUCACAGCCAGCGACGGCCUGUUUGUAACCCGCAUAGGCGUGGAGGUCACUGUCAUGGAUUCCAAUGACAACAGCCCCAUCUGCAAUCAGGCGCAAUAUGAGGCCUCAUUUCCAGAAGAUGUGUCUGUUAAUACUGCCAUUCUGACAGUUGGAGCAACAGACUUGGACAGUGGUGUCAAUGCAGAAAUUCAGUAUUCUCUGUUUGGCAUUGGAGUUGAAGAUUUUUACAUGGAUGCAAAUACUGGUGAACUGAAGACGGCCUCUUUAUUGGACCGUGAGAGAACUGCAGGUUAUAAGUUGAUAGCACAGGCUACAGAUGGAGGGGGGCUGUUCUGUCGCUCUGAAAUUUCUCUGACCAUUCUGGAUGUUAAUGAUAAUGCACCAUCAUUUGCCUUCACACGGUUCAUGGCGAGUGUAUAUGAAAACGCGGCACCCAAGGCCUUGCUCACACGCCUUCGGGCUAAUGAUCCAGAUGAAGGUCUAAACAGGAAGAUCGUGUACUCACUUGUUGACUCUGCUGGUGGUAUGUUCUCCACUGACCCAUCCGCUGGUGUGGUGAUCCUGGAGAAGCCUCUGGACCGAGAGGUGCAAGACUCGUAUCAGAUCAGAAUCAAGGCUACUGACCGAGCAGGGGGCGAUGGCUCGCUCUCCACCGAGGUGGACCUCACCAUCAUGGUUCUGGACGUGAACGACAACCCACCUGUGUUUCAAAAGCAAGAUUACGUGGUCACAGUGCCUGAAGAUGUUACUGUAGGAACAGAAGUGCUGCGAGUCUUUGCCACAAGUAGUGACAUUGGAGUGAAUGCAGAAAUCUACUAUAGAUUCUUGUCUGGAAAUGAGCUGGGGAAGUUUUCCAUUGAAGAUUCAACAGGCAUCAUUUCUGUGGCGGAUGAUCUUGACUAUGAGCUCUGCAAGGAUUUUUUCCUGAAUGUCGAGGCCUUUGAUGAUGGAACACCUCCCUUGAGAGCCACGACAAUAGUGACCAUAGUGCUUCUGGAUGUCAAUGACAACUCGCCUUCAUUCAGCGAGGACAUCUACAAUGUUCUGAUCAGCGAGGACAUAGCCAUCGGAGAAACGGUCACGAGGCUGUUCGCAGAAGACUUGGACAGUCAGAUCAAUGGGUGUAUCACUUAUUCCAUUCUGAAAGGGGACCGUGAAAAUCAGUUUUGGAUCGACCCUGUCACCGGGCUUCUGAAAGUUAACAAGGCACUGGACAGAGAGACGGUCUUCAGCUACUCAUUGUCUGUGCAAGCGUUUGACAGCGGGUCACCUGCCAAGUCAACCACUGUGAAUGUCAAUAUCGAGAUUGCCGAUGUGAACGACAACCCGCCGAUCUUCUCUCCCGCUAAUGCUUCAGCUGUUAUUCAGUUGAACAAGCCUGCAGGAACUACCAUCCUCUCACUAUCAGUUUCUGAUAAGGACUCCUCUAGAAAUGGUGCACCUUUUGAGUUUCGUAUCGUGUCUGGAAAUGAGGGCAAUGCUUUCAGUCUGGACCAGAAUGGAGAAUUACAGACAAGCCGAGUAUUUGGUCCUGAUGCAACACGAGAGUAUACGCUUGAGAUACAGGCGCGUGAUUCAGGGAAGCCUCGUCUGUCCUCCACAUCCUUUGUGUUUGUGCGUGUCAUCGGAGACAGCCUCUUCAAACCUGUGGCCUUCCCACUGGAAAUCAACAUUGUCAUGGCAGCAGAUGUGUUUCCUGGCGGGAUUAUAGGGAAGAUCUAUGCCACAGACCGAGAUGAGAAUGAUGUUCUGUCUUUCAGUCAGAGAUCACAAACAAACAGUCUUUUCAAAAUCAACAGACAGGACGGGAAGAUUGUGGCACUAAAUGGCCUGGAGCCUGGAAGAUACUCCCUAAAUGCUACAGUCAGUGAUGGGCGGUUUUCUGUGACCGUGGGCAUUUGCGUCCAGGUGGAGCAAGCCACGGAUGAGAUGGUGCAGAAUGCAGUGACUCUGCAUUUUCAAGACCUGUCCCCUGAGGACUUUGUGGGUGUGUACAUGGAAGAGCUAAAGAAGGUGCUCCGUACCUCACUGGUUGGUGAUGGGACAGGUGUUAUUGAUGGACCAGACCCUCUUCACAUCCUGGGAGUGCAGCCACUGAGUCGCUCCAGUCAGCUGGAGGUGCUCCUUGCUGUGGAGACACCAGAUGGGGGUUAUAUGGGUCCAGGAGAGCUGGCUCUCAAGCUGGAGGAGGUGAAGGGUUUCCUAAAGGGAGCGCUGAGGGUGGUCAGCGUCUUGGAUCAGAGCUGCUCAGGAGAGCUUGAGUGCGGGGAGAGAGUCUGUGAGCUCACCCUCAGUCUCGACCCCAUCGGCUUGGUCACCUACACCACCUCCAGAGUGAGCUUUGUGUCUCCAUGCUUCAGCAGGAUAGAGAUGUGCACGUGUCCAGGAGGAAUAUGUCCAUCUUCUCUGGAGCUUUGCGAUGGCCAAACGUGUCCGUCUGACAUGCAGUGUGUGCGCAGCGGCCCUGCAGCGCCAUCUUUCUGCCAGUGUCUGCCUGACACGCUGGACAAGUGCGCAGGCCAAACAUCUCUGAGCUUUGCAGGGAACAGUUACAUCAAAUACAGAGUGACGGACAGUGAUAGGAGCAGAGACAUGAAGCUGGGCUUGAGAAUCAGAACGCUGCACAGCCAAGGAGUCAUCAUGUACACACGCGCUGACCCCUGCACACUGCUCAAGAUAGAGGAAGGGCGUCUGUGGUUCCAGAUGGACUGUGACAACAGACUGGACAUCCUGGGCAUCUCAGGGCGUCCAAUCAAUGAUGGGUCCUGGCACGCCGUGACCCUGGAGCUCACUAGUAACUACACUCUCCUUUCGCUGGACGACAGCUAUGUGGAGCGCCGGCGUUCUGCGCGGGCCCCUGUCCGCAUCUGGCCCCUGGCCGCAGACGGAUCGCUGUUCUUUGGGGCUCAGGUGUUGCACGGACCAGUGGGCAGAGGCAGCCAGAGGCCCCCACGGGCGCAAGAAGGCUUCCAGGGGUGCCUCGGGUCCAUCAUGCUCAACGGGAAUGAACUCCCUCUUCAGAAUAAGAGGAGCCGGUAUGCAGAGAUAGCUGGGCUGAGUGACCUGAAGCUGGGAUGUGUUUUAUACCCUGAUCCGUGCCUCGGAGGACCGUGCCAGAAUGGAGCUUCUUGUACAAAGCUGCCCUCUGGUGACUUCUCAUGCAGCUGCCUGCCACAGUUCACGGGGUCCCGCUGUGAGAUGGAGGUGACGUCCUGUGUGCCCUCACCUUGUCAGAAUGGGGGUGAUUGUAAGGCUGUGGGAAACACCUUCCUCUGCGGUUGCCUCAAAGGCUUUACGGGACUCAUAUGCGACGAGGAUGUGAACGAGUGUGAGAGGGAGGAGUGUGAGAAUGGAGGGGCAUGUGUGAACACAUUCGGAGCCUUCUACUGUAACUGCACCAUUGGUUUCGAGGGUCAAUUUUGUGGCCAGCCGUCUCUGGAUGGCCCAGACACUCAGGCCGGGGCCCUGUCGUACGUCGGACCGGGAGAGAUCAUCGGCAUCGGCGUGUUGCUCUUUGUGGUGUUGGUCCUGCUGACCCUGCUGGCCGUGUUCCGCAAAAAAGUCCUCCGGAAGGACUGGAGCCGCGGGGAGGCGGUGGGAAUCUCCACAGAGACCAACUACAUGCUGCAUAACACGGGCAUGGGAGCGGAGGGCAUCGAGUUCAAAGCUGUACGGGUCAGCGGCGAGUGUCGCGCCAGCCUCUACCGGAACGACAGCGCAGGAGGGCCGCCGCAGGUCAUGGUGCGGCCCACAGCCUACACGCUUCCCCACUGCCAGGGAAUUCCUCGAGGGGAAACGGAAAAGACGGAGGGAGGGCUGGCCACCCUCUCCUGCCCUCCGCAGAUGAGCACUUUCCAGGCGGAGCCGCCACACAUCCUCGGGAUGCCGCGGAGAGGUGUGGCCGUCUGCAGCGUGGCGCCCAAUCUUCCCCAGUCUUUGUCCUCGAACCCGUCCGAACGCAGCCCAAUCCGCAAGCCUCCGUGGGAAGAGGACGACGAUGAGGAUAAUGCUAUGGAGCAUCAAGUCCAAGCUCUGGAGUGGGAAGACAGGGGUUAUCAGGCGGACGCAGAGGAAGCGUACAGAACCGAGGAAGCUGGAAAUGCACCAGAAGAGGUCACCUGCUUCUCCGACAGCAGCACGAGCGAGGCGCACUCCCUCAGGUCCUUCCAGUCCGAUUCCUGCGACGACAACGCCUCCAUAGUGACGGUGAUACGACUGGUGAACAAUGCAGUGGACACCAUUGAAAAUGAAGUUGCAGGUCUGGGCGACGUGCAGCCUCACAGUACCCUCUCAAGCCCACACCUCCACUGUGAGGAUGAGAUAUGCGUGGAAUUCAUCAAAGAGUAUUUUAUGAAUUCCUACCAAUGGCAAACCUCGGAGUGGCUUGACACGUGUCUCCCAGGACUGGAAUCACCACCUCGAGACCAGACCCCUACACCACCUCCUCCACCCCUUCCUGCUCCUCCACCUCCCCUGACCCCUACACGGCUAGGCGGCACCCCUAUCCGCCUGGGCGGCAGCGUGCGGUUGGAUGGCAGCACUCUAUCGCUGCAGACUGGCUACCCGUUACGACGAUACCAGGGCCAGAGAGAUUUCCGCACGUCCCUAACCCUGGACGACAACAACUCGCCUGUAUAUGAAGAAUACCGUCACCCUGAUCACUACGACAACGCCUCUACUGUUCACCCGCUGGGUUUUAGCAAGGGCCAAUCCAGACCCGACUAUCAUCACUCCAGCCAGUACCUGCUCUCUCACCCUCCCCUACUGGCCUGGGAGGAGCGUCCGCGUGUCUGGGAGGACACGCACCCCUUCGGCAGCCAGCAGGAGAUCGACAGACUGGGCAGGAUUUCACUUCGGGCCCAACGCUUGCGUAGUCAGAGCCCAAAGACUUCUUUGUCUGGCAUGAGAGAGUAUUACUGACCGUUAACUGGACAAAGAGUCCUUAAUUACACUGGAAGCUUGUGAUCAUGCAACUGAGGACUCGACCUGAACAUGUGUGCUGAUCUGUCAGGAAUGGAAAAGUCUGGACUCUCACAGCCUCAACCAUACUGUACACUAGUGAUUAUUCUUCAUGUACUUCAUUAAAGGAAUAGCU